UUUGCAUCAGCCGGAGCGCUUAUUCGGGACCUGCAUACCCGGGAGACUAGUCCUCAAGGCGGUUGUUCGCGAGAGCCAGUCGGGGGCUCGAUCUUAUGGAUCGCCUGCAUCCUUUCCUCCGCAUCCCCUGGAACUUCGCCGAAGGAAGGAUCCCCCGUUGGUCCGGGGAGCGGAGAGCAACUGGGCUCCCAGGGGCUCCAGACGGCGGGACGGCGAAGCGCCUCUUCCACCUCCGGGCGCUUCUUUGGCUCCUCUUGCGCAGCGGCUGCUCCGAUGGACACACCCAUUCUCUGCUUUAUCUGUACACUGCUCUAUCAGAACCCAUUGGGGACCUGCCCCAGUUCACUGCUCUGGGCUAUGGGGACGGCUUCCUUGCUGGUUCCUACAACAGCAUCACCGAGCGGGCCAUGCCCCGAGCCCCCUGGAUGAAGAAGAUGGAGGAAGAGGACCCCAACUUCUGGAACUGGAUGACCCAGAGAGCCUCCCAUUCUGGGCAGCGGUUCAAGAAGGACCUGGAGAAUAUCCUGCAGCAGAACAACCAGAGCCGAGAGCUUCAUGUCUGGCAGCGGCUGUAUGGCUGUGAGCUGGCGGAAGACGGGAGCGAACAAGGGUACGACCUCUAUGCUUACGACGGGAAGGACUUUCUCAGCUUCAACAAGGCCACCCUCAACUGGACAGCAGCCAACGCUGAGGCCGAAAUGAUCAAGAAGAAAUGGGAUGCCGAGUUUGACAGGGGCUGGCGCAAGAAGAUUUACCUGGAAGGGGAGUGCUUCGCCUGGCUGAAGAAAUGUCUGGACUACGACACAGAAGCUCGAGGAAGGAAGGAGCCCCCAGUGGUGACGAUGAGCAGCAGGACUGAGGUUGACGGCAUGGAAAGUCUUCUCUGCCGAGCUCAUGGCUUCUACCCCAGGGAGAUCGAUGCCUCCUGGAGGAGGGACGGGGAGGUCUGGCUGGAAGACACCCUCCAAGGGUCCGUGGCCCCCAACUCGGAUGGGACCUAUUACUACUGGCUCAGCAUCCGGAUCGAUCCCAAAGAGAGGAGCCGCUACCGGUGUCAUGUGGAGCACGAUGGCCUGCAAGAGCCACUGGACAUAGCCAUGGAAGAGGCUGCUUCAACGAGUGUGUAUUUCAGAAGGGGAGGAAUGGUGGUUUGUGUCAUUCUAUCGGUGGUAUUCUUUGGAUGUAUUGGAUACUGUGCGAAGAAAAAGGAAAAAGAAGACGAAGACGAGUCCACCACGUCGGACGAUGAUCUUGAAACAGGGAUGGAUUACAGGUAGUCUUUGUUUUACAACCGAAACUGGGACCAGAAUUUGCACCACUAAACCAUGAGAAAGAUCGAGACUAUGGAACUUUGGGGUCCAUUUAAUUGAAGGAAACAUCACUAGGAUUUUCUAUAGUAAUUGUUAUUGUUAAGGGCCGUAAUAGCUCAGGCUGUUAGAAGCCUGUUAUUAAAACACAGCAGCCUGCAAUUACUGCAGGUUCAAGCCCGGCCCGAGGUUGACUCAGCCUUCCUCCCUUUAUAAGGUAGGUAAAAUGAGGACCCAGAUUGUUGGGGGGGCAAUAAGUUGACUUUGUAAAUGUUAGAUUCGGGCAAUAAAGAGGCAGGAGACCAGUGAGUGACAACAGCUCUUUAGUUUAUAGUGAACCCAGCAAAGAACGUCCGGCAAAAACCCCUCUUUAUAUACAGUUUUCUCCGAAGCAAUAACCAAUCAGCAACGUGCAUGUUCCCGCCCAAAUUUCCCUCCAAAACUUUAAAGAUACAUUACACUCCUCCCCUCCCAGAACGCAUUGUACCCAUAU